AUGCCCGAAGAAUUGAAAAUCAAGAUGUUGGAAGAAUUUCAAUCGCGGAAAUGUGUGAGUGCUGAAGAAGACUCUACGUUAGCCAUGCUCAUCUCGAAGCAAAAGCCGUUAGAUUCCAAGAAAGAAAAUAAGGAAGAGUCGAAGUACUCAGAAGUAACCAUGACAGCAUGUGCGUUUUCCGGAAACGUACAUGAUACGGCAGACAUAUUGAAACCACAGAGCACUUGGUAUUUAGACUCGGGUGCUUCGUCGCACAUGUGUCGAGAUCAGUUCGCGUUCAAAGAGAUUCGCGCGAAUAAUAAGCAAACGCUGAAUUUAGCAACGAUGGAUUCUACGAAGAUUCGAGGAGCUGGAGUAGUGAAACUCAAGAUAAACAAUGAAGUGACAGCUGCAUUACAAGAUACUUUAUUUGUACCGGAUCUUCGAUCGAAUUUACUCUCCGUGGCAAAAAUGACUGAUUAUGGACACGAGGUGACAUUUAAAAAGGAUGGCGCAACAGUCGUAAAUAUGAAUAAUGAUAAGAUUAUCGAAGCAAAGCGAGUCGGCGAUUUAUACAUCGUUCAAGAGGCAUGCGAGUUUGCCAACGUAGCAAAUGUCGAAGAAAAAUCGUGGUGA